GCACGUACGCUGAAACGUGAUGACGUCGCGGGGCUGUCGGUCGACGCUGCUUAACUCGAGUUGUUUGGGCUGUGUACGAGGAGUGAACUGUAGCUGGCAGUGCUGAGAGGGCUUUCCAGUUGAUGUUGCUGUUCCUGGGCCGCAGGGUUCCGCUGUCAUUCGCACACAGACUCACUGCCGUCUGUCCAUCCUCGCUGCCGAGGCCCGUCCUGGUCAGCUCCGUACUCAUAAGACUGAGAGCUUUAACUAGAGUCACACACCGCACGGUUUUCGUUAGCGCAGCCGGCCAAAAUAGAGGAACCAUGCCCGAAAGGAGGCCCUUCGUACGGCUACCAACUGACGUUUACCCCGUCAACUACGGCUUGUGUCUGAAGCCCGACCUGAUCGACUUCACUUUCGAGGGCAAGCUGGAGGCGCUGGUGGAGGUUACACAAGCCACACAUCAGAUUGUGAUGAACUGUGCUGACAUCGACAUCAUCACAGCGUCCUUUGUGCCACAGGGAGGAGAAGAAAUUAAUGCUACAGGAUUCAACUAUCAGAAUGAGGAUGAGAAAGUCACCCUGUCAUUUCCCAGCGCUCUACAGAAAGGCUCUGGCACGUUGAAGAUAGACUUUGUUGGGGAGCUGAACGAUAAAAUGAAAGGAUUCUACAGAAGUAAAUAUACAACCUCUGCUGGAGAGAUCCGCUAUGCUGCUGUCACACAGUUUGAGGCCACGGAUGCUCGCAGAGCUUUCCCCUGUUGGGAUGAGCCAGCUAUCAAAGCCACCUUUGACAUCGCUCUGAUAGUUCCCAAGGACCGGGUAGCCUUGUCAAAUAUGAAUGUCAUCGAUCGAAAGCCAUAUCCAGAUGAUGAGAACCUUGUGGAAGUGAAGUUUGCCACCACACCCAUUAUGUCCACAUACCUUGUAGCUUUUGUCAUCGGUGAAUAUGACUAUGUGGAGAGCCAAUCAUCAGACGGUAUAACGGUACGCGUCUACACACCUGUUGGGAAGGCGGAACAAGGGAAAUUUGCACUGGAGGUUGCAACUAAGACCUUACCGUUCUACAAAGACUACUUCAGUGUUCCUUAUCCUUUGCCUAAAAUUGAUCUCAUAGCGAUUGCUGAUUUUGCUGCAGGUGCCAUGGAAAACUGGGGCCUUGUUACAUACAGGGAGACGGCACUGCUAAUUGACCCGAAGAACUCCUGCUCAUCCUCCAGGCAGUGGGUGGCACUGGUAGUAGGACACGAGCUCGCCCACCAGUGGUUUGGAAACUUGGUCACCAUGGAAUGGUGGACCCAUCUUUGGCUUAACGAAGGAUUUGCAUCCUGGAUCGAGUAUCUGUGUGUGGACCACUGUUUCCCAGAGUACGACAUCUGGACUCAGUUUGUCUCGGCUGACUAUACCCGCGCUCUGGAGCUGGACGCGCUUGACAGCAGCCAUCCCAUCGAGGUGAACGUUGGCCAUCCAUCAGAGGUAGAUGAAAUCUUUGACGCCAUCUCCUACAGCAAAGGAGCAUCUGUGAUCCGCAUGUUGCACAACUACAUAGGAGACGAGGACUUUAGGAAAGGAAUGAAUGCCUAUCUUUUGAAGUUCCAACAUAAAAAUGCUUCGACAGAGGAUCUAUGGGACUGUCUGGAACAGGCCAGUGGAAAACCCAUCGCUGCAGUGAUGGGCUCGUGGACCAAGCAGAUGGGCUUCCCGAUAAUAGUAGUGGACCAAGAACAGCAAGGUGACGAACGCAUCCUCAAGAUAUCUCAGAAGAAGUUCUGUGCCAGUGGACCACAUAAUGGUGAGGAUUGCCCCAACUGGAUGGUCCCUAUUAGUAUUUGUACCAGCGAGGACUCCAAAUGCACCAAGCUCAAGGUUCUGCUGGACAGACCCGAGACGACCAUCACUCUGAGCGGCGUCACCCCCGACCAGUGGGUCAAGAUCAACCCCGGCACUGUGGGCUUCUAUCGCAUCCAGUACAGUUCAUCCAUGCUGGAGAGUCUGCUGCCAGGCGUCCGGGACCUCAGCCUGCAGCCUGUGGACCGACUCGGCCUGCAGAACGACCUCUUCUCCCUGUCUCGUGCAGGGAUGAUUAGCACGGUGGAGGUGCUGAAGCUGAUGGAGGCAUUCGUCAACGAGCCCAACUACACAGUGUGGAGCGACCUCAGCUGCAACCUGGGAGUGUUGUCCUCGCUGCUCUCCCACACUGACUUCCACGAGGAGAUCCAGGAGUUCAUCCGGGACCUCUUCACCCCUAUAGGCCUAGAGCUCGGCUGGGACAGCAAACCAGGGGAAGGUCACUUGGACGCUCUGUUGAGAGGCCUGGUUCUGGGGAAACUGGGGAAGGCAGGACACAAACCCACACUGGAGGAGGCCCGACGGAGAUUCAGGGACCAUGUGGACGGCAAGCAGGUCCUGCCUGCAGACCUCAGGAGCCCAGUGUAUUUAACAGUGCUGAAGCAUGGAGACAGUGCCACAUUGGACACGAUGAUGAAGCUCCACAAACAAGCCGACAUGCAGGAGGAGAAGAACCGUAUCGAGCGAGUGCUGGGCGCCAUCUCUGCUCCCGACCUCAUCCAGAAAGUCCUCAACUUCGCCCUCUCGGAAGAGGUCCGUCCUCAGGACACAGUGUCAGUAAUCGGGGGCGUGGCAGGAAGCAGUAAACAAGGACGGAAAGCCGCCUGGAAGUUUGUCAAGGACAACUGGGAGGAGCUUUACAACCGCUACCAGGGUGGCUUCCUCAUAUCACGGCUUAUCAAGCUCUCAGUUGACGGUUUUGCCAUUGACAAAAUGGCUGCUGAAGUGAAGAGCUUCUUUGAGAGUCACCCGGCGCCGGCAGCUGAGCGCACGGUGCAGCAAUGCUGUGAGAACAUCCUCCUCAACGCUGCCUGGCUGAAGCGCGACUCUGACGACAUCCAGCAGUAUCUACUGCAGCGCAAAGCGCCCCCUGUCUGAGCCGCCGCCCAUGCCGUCUCCUCCAGCCCCCUUCCCCCCUCCCUCCAGCGCGGACCUCCCAGCAUCAUAGCUGCCUCGGCCCCCCCCCCCCCUCAAUACAGACCAGAGUGGGAGACCAGAGCGUACUUACAGCAGGCUUCAUUUCUCUAAAGAAACUGUAUGAAACAAGAAGGCAAAGCCAAGAAUUUUAAGUGUUGGAAACACAAAGAGACUCUUUCUACGUUAACGACGCAAAUCCAUUUUAGUCAGACCAGGAAUGUAGUUUUACCCCCAUUCUGUCCUCGAGCAGACGACUCAUCUGCCAGACAACAAGUAACGUUAUAAAACCGGCGCUCAGCAAAGUCGCAGAAACACCACAUCCCUUGAAAUGAUCGCUAACCCUGCUAACGCACUCCACAUCACCUGCCCCGUAUGCACACCCUCAUCCAUCUCUGCGUCGUAGCUGAGAAAACUGUGAAUCCCUACCCUCCUCUCCUUUUUGUUUUAUUUUUUUUUCUCCUUGCUGCCACUCAUUUUGAAUGCAUGAAGUGUGAUUUUGAAUGCAUUUGCUGCUUUGUUUACUUCAGUUUGUUUUCUGUACAAACAAAUUGUAACCCCCCCCCCCCCCCCCCCAAGUUAAUCUUUACAACCCUCUCCCUCCUCCUUCUCUUUCGGGCGCUGUGAUUGGGUGAAAGCAGAAGGCACCUGGGCAGAAUGGGGCUAAUAACAUUAGUGUGUGUUGUAGUUUCCAACAGCACUGAUUCUCCAUUGCUAAUAAAUGGUUAGGAUGAGCCGAGCAGCGCUAGCAUGGUACUACGUUGUAAACUGUAUAACGCAAGCAUUUUUUUUUUUUAUUCUUAUUUUUUAUUUUUUUUCGGAUGGUGUUCCUUUUUAAAAGAAUUAAAUGGAAAAGUUCACGGUUAUCUGUUUCCACCCUACCCCCCUCCCCAAAAAAAACCCCUCAAGCUCUGUCAAAGUUAAUCAUCAACAAGCAUAUUUAAACUACGGUUUCUUUACCUACCACCCUUAAUGAAAUGAAGAUAUUGGUGUGUUUUAUAAGACAUCAGAUGCAGUGAUUUAUUUAAAUGUUGAGAUAAUCUUAUAUUCUAAGGAGAGAGAGAGAGAGGGGAAAAAAAAAAAAGAUCACAACACUACUUUUCGGGGCCUUUUCAUUCUGAAGUAACAUCAGGAAACGGUUGAGAGUCCGGCGAGGCCCGCUCCGAACUUGUGUGGACAGAUCGACUUGACUCCACUGUCAAACUUGGAAGCCUUACAAUUGGUCGACUUGUUUGCAGUAAAUAUUUAACACUGAAGUGGUGAUUAUAGGUGACUUCCACAUAACGUCAAAUGUAUUUAAUGUGACAGAUUAUGCAGACUUGUUGAACGAGUAUAUCUAUAUAGAAUUUACAAUUUGAUGUGGGUUUUUUUUUGGAAAACAUACCGAUCUAGUCAUCCAACCUGUUGUCGAGACUCUUUUCCCCCUGGAACAUUUGUUGUUGUUGUGUUUUUUUUUUUUUUCUGUUUUUCUUUUUGUUUUUCUUCUUUAUUUUGUUUAAAACUACGGUUGGUGUUCAUUAAAGUGAAAAAGGAAUAUAAAAACAAAUGAUGUGAAAUUAGUACAAGUUGAUUUUAAUGAGUGGGGUGUGAAUGUGCAUGCCUGGAAACAGAUUUGUAAUUUAUUUUGUAUUAUCUCACACGUGGAGAUGAUCAUAUUGGAUUACAAAUGGUUAAAGCAGCACUGAAACUGAUGACUAAUAUGUGUAUAUAACAGCUGAAUUACACCUGAUGAGAAUAAAAUUGGUUACAGAUCGAUACAGAUGAUUUACAGAGAAAAGAAUUCAAAUGUCUUCACAUUUUGGUUUCAUAAAGUGUCUGUAGAAAACUUUCAGGCGGUUUGAGUUUGUGUUGUGCAGAGAUGUUUAAUGUUUCCUUGUCUUUUUCUAAUGAAUCUGAAUUUAGUUCAACAUGCGGGAUGUCUUUGUGCUUCUGACUUUAAAAAGAGAAAAGUCUGUCAGGCAGGAGAGCUUUGACUUGAGCGAUGCUGAGGCAAACGUAAAUAUGCAGUCCAAUAAAGUAACACUUGAUGAUA